AUGGAGAGCAUACGCAACAUCCCUACUGUCUUGCCCGGCAACCUGCAGGCAAAGAUGGCUGGCUACAGGGAUCUCCAGAAUAUACCGAUGGUCUCGUUGGCCGCCAUUGUACUUGCCGUUUCUUACUUCAUCUUGAUCUCGGUCCAGCGCGGAAAGCUUCAGGCGCCUCUGGCCGCUGCACAUCUCAAUCAAAAGGAACGCGAGAAGAAGUUCCUCGGCGACGCCAUGUCGCUCGUCAAGGAUGGCUACGCAAAGUUCAAGAAUGGUCUCGACAUGUACCGCAUGACCACAUCAGAUGGGAGCGAGACGGUCAUCCUCAGCCCCAAAUACAUGGCCGAGCUCAAAAACCUCGGCGACGAUGCCCUUAGCUUCAACACUGCCGUGGAAAAGGCUUUGGCCGGUAGGUACUGUGGCAUCGGCGACAAAGAUGUCCCUGUCGCCAUCCAUGUCAUCAAAGCGGACCUCACUCCCGGCCUCCCCCGCCUCAUGCCCAUCAUCUCCGAGGAGAUCGACCUGGCGCUCGAGAGAGUCAUGAAGCCCUGCGAGGAUUGGACCCCCGUUGUCGCGUACUCGAUGCUGGUGGAUGUCGUGGCUCAAGUCUCUGCGCGCGUUUUCGUCGGCGAGCCACUCUGCCGCAACCCGCGCUGGCUGCAACUCUCCAAGGAUUACACUCUCAAGGCAUUCCAGGCCUCCAACGCCAUCAAGCAAUGGAAGCCGUGGAUGAGGCCCCUGAUCCACAGAUUUCUUCCCGAGAUGCGGGAGCUCUACAAGGUCAAGGCCGAAGCCAUCGAUUUCAUGAAGCCCGUGACCCAGGGCCGUCACGAGGCCGAGACCAAGCGCGACGACUUCACCGAGUGGAUGAAGCAGAAGUCAAGCCCGGAGUUCUCCAAGGCAUAUGGAGAGCAGGCCUACGUCCAGAUCCAGUUGGCAUUGGCCGCCAUCCACACGACCACCAUGAGCGCGACCCACAUGAUCUAUGAUCUGGCGCAGCACCCCGAGUUUGUGGAGCCGCUGCGCGAGGAACUCAAGCAGGUUCUUGCCGAGACGGGCGGGUACCAGAGGGAAACCAUGGCCAAGCUCAAGAAGCUCGACAGCUUCAUGAAAGAGUCUCAGCGCUUCAACCCCCCCGGUCUCACGUCCUUCAAGCGCUACUGCAAACACGAUAUCACGCUCUCGGACGGCACCUUCCUGCCCAAGGGCACCGUCAUCGAGGUCGACAGCUCGCAGCUGUACUUCGAUCCGGAGCACUUCCCGAACCCGGACACCUUCGACCCCACCCGCUUUCUCCGCCUGCGCUCUGAGGGCGACAAGAACUCGCACCAGUUCGCCACCUCCAACGGCGACUACCUGCACUGGGGCCAGGGCCGCCACGCGUGCCCCGGCCGCUUCUUCGCCAGCAACGAGAUCAAGACCAUCCUCUCUAAGCUCCUGCUCAGCUACGACUUCCAGCUUGCCGACAAGGAGGCCGGCCGGCCGAAGAACUUCGUUUUCGGCACACAGAUCAACCCCAACCCCAUGGCUGAGGUGCUCAUCAAGAAACAUGAGUCCAAUUAA